AUGGAAGGCUUCAGCCGCGACGAGCUUGCACUUGUGAGAAGCGAGAUAGCUUCCGGGCUCCGGGCCGACACAAGAAAAAGUGAGGAGGAAAGAAGGACAGAUGUGGUUCAUUCAAACAUAGCACAGAGCGAUGGAAGCAUCAAGAUUAGGCGUGGAGAAUCUGAAGUAGAAGUAUCUAUUCAAUUCAAAGAGACGAUGGAAACACUGAUGACUCAGAAUAUAUCUGGAGAGUGGCUUGAUACAAAUGAAUCUUCGAUGGAAUCUAUAGAGUUUUCUAAAAUUGCAAUUCCAAACAUUGUCAGUUCUAUGAUUCUAGAGCUGUUAGCUUCAUAUAAAAUCGGCAUAAGGAUAGAGCUUAAUAUACUAAGCAAUGACGGAAAUGUGUAUGACCUUUUCUUUAUUGGCCUCAGUAUUUUAUUCAAAAACCUUGAUAUGCCUGUUAUAGACGAUCUUAGAAGAAGUGAAAGGCGGAAAAUAGACAUUCCCACCUCAAAAACAGUUGCUUUAUUUAACAGUGGUCGCUUUGUAGUGGAUCCAAUAAUGAUUGAGGAAAAGGCAUCAUGUGGACUUAUGCAUGUAUUUGUUAACAGUAAUGGCGCAUUAAUGGGAUGUUUGUUUGAAGGAAAUUGUAGUGCUGAACAGGAAGUACUUGUGAAUAUUAUGCGGAAGAUGUGCGUUUAA